UAACUAAAAAAAGCGUCGAAAUUAAGAGCCUGACAGCUCAUCUCUCUCUUUCUCUUUGGAUCGAUGUGAAGCACGACGUCGAGGCCGACGACAAAUCCAAAAGUCCACUUCUACAUCUGGAAUCCACAGCAACUGUGGCACUUUCCGGUUAAUUUCCGAUUACCGGCUGUUUUAGGUCGUCGCCGCCGACGGUUACUGCGACGAACUGCUUCGCCGGUGAGAUUUGGAACCAUGUCUUCGACCUUUAGCCCUGGUCGCAGCCCCGGGAGCUCUCGGCUGCAGCAGCUAGGCGUCGUGGGCUCGGCGUCACGGCUGAGAUCUUCCUCGCUCAAGAAGCCUCCGGAGCCUCUCCGCCGUGCGGUGGCAGACUGUCUCUCUUCGUCGGCUCAGGCCGCCAGCUCCCACCAUGGCGCGAUCCCGUCCUUGGCGCCUUCAGAAGCUCUGAGGAAUCUUCGGGACUAUCUAUCGGCCCUCUCCACGACUGACUUGGCUUACAACGUAUUAUUAGAACAUACUAUAGCAGAGAGAGACCACAGUCCAGCUGUGGUUACGAGAUGUGUGGUGCUUCUGAAAAGAUAUCUAUUAAGAUAUAAGCCCAGUGAGGAGACCCUACUGCAGAUCGAUAGGUUUUGUGUGAACCUCAUUGCUGAAUGUAAUACUAGCCUGAAACAAAAGUCAAUGCCUGUUUUAUCAGCACCAACAGGUGCUUCUCCUUUGCCGGUUUCAAGUUUUGCGUCUCCCGCUCUGGUAAAGUCGUUAAACUAUGUGCGUUCCCUUGUGGCCUUACAUAUUCCAAGACGGUCCUUCCAACCAGCUGCAUUUGCGGGUGCCACUCCUGCAUCAAGACAACUAUUGCCAUCAUUAUCCUCCUUGUUGAGCAGAUCCUUUAACUCCCAAUUAAGUCCUGCAAAUGCCAUAGAAUCUCCACAGAAAAAGGAUGCUUCAAAUCUAUCUAUUUCAAACUUGUCAGAUAUACGAGAGGUUGAUGUUGUAGAAGAAACUGAAUACAUUUCAUCAGACAUGCUGAAGUGGCGCUGGGUUGGGGAGCACCAAUUAUCUUCGGUUUCCAGUGAAAGCGAUCGGACUGUGAAUCUCCAGGACAUGAACAACCGAAAUCUUCUUGAAGUUGGUGCCGCCGGUCUGCUUGUAGGAGAUAUGGAAACUAAGAUGAAGGGUCAGCCUUGGAAAUAUUUCGGUACCAGUGAGAUGCCUUACUUAGACCAACUAUUGCAGCCAUCUUCAGUCACAAUGAUAACAAACUCAGCUUCAGCUCGCUCUCACUUGAGAGCAAUAACAGCUUCCAAACGCACUAAAACUGGGCCUCAUCAGAUUUGGGAUGAUUCCACCGUGAGCACAUUUCGCCCACGUGCCAGGCCACUUUUUCAGUAUCGUCAUUACAGUGAGCAACAACCACUGCGUUUGAAUUCCGCAGAGGUAGGUGAGGUGAUAGCUGCUGUUUGUUCUGAGGCAUCGUCCACUACUUCGAAUCAAAUGACUUUAUCACCCCAAUUAACCAGGAAGAAUGCAAAGCCCUCGAUGGAUGUGGCUGUGAGCGUGCUUAUCAAGCUUGUUAUUGACAUGUAUGUCUUGGAUCCUGGAAUUGCUGCUCCUCUUACUCUGUCCAUGCUUGAGGAAAUGCUCUGCUCUCCAAAAGGCGCUUGUAGGAUUCGUGUUUUCGAUUUGGUUCUAAAUCUCGGGGUUCAUGCACAAUUGCUAGAGCCAAUGACAAAUGAUGAUGCCACCACAAUUGAAGAAGAAUACAUCCAAGAAUCUUAUAUUGACAAUGAAAAUAAACUUAUGAUGCAAGGGACAAUAACGAAAGACUUGUCUAAAAUGUCAAGCACUUCUUCAGCUAUUGAGAACUUUGAGUCUUGGAUAUUGGGCAUUUUGUUUGAAAUACUGCUUCUUCUGGUUCAGGUUGAGGAAAAGGAAGAAUGUGUCUGGGCAUCUGCUCUCAGUUGCUUGCUCUAUUUUAUCUGCGACAGGGGCAAAAUACGGAGAAACAGGCUGAAAGGUCUUGAUAUAAGGGUUAUCAAAGCUCUUCUGGAAACUAGCAGAAGAAAUUCUUGGGCUGAAGUCGUUCAUUCCAAGCUUCUUUGCAUCUUGACAAACAUGUUGUAUCGCGUUCCAGAACCAGAUGGCCCUACUGCAGCUGCAUCAAGUACCUCAAGUUUUCUUAUAGAUCAAGUCAAUCUGAUUGGUGGCAUGGAGUUCAUUUUCCUUGAGUACUCACUGGCAACCACUAGAGAGGAAAGAAGAAACCUCUACUCAGUUCUAUUUGACUAUGUCCUGCAUCAAAUAAAUGAGGCGUGCUUAGCUGCUGGUUUCUCUGAGUAUACUGAUGAUGAGAUUCAACCUUUGGCUGUCCGGCUUGCUCUUGCUGAUGCGCCCGAAGCUUUUUACAUUUCUGUUAAACUUGGAGUUGAAGGCAUAGGGGAGAUCCUGCGAAGAUCAAUCUCUGCAGCAUUGUCCGGUUUUAGCAACAGUGAACGUCUGAACUCGCUUUUGAGAAAUAUAACAGAGAAGUUUGAUACAAUAAUAGGUUCAUUUACUCAUCUGGACAAAGAAUUCCUGCAUCUCAAACAGAUAGCAAAGUCAUACAAGCUAGUGGAAAGCAUGCAAUUCUUAAGGAAUGAUAAAGGCAAUUCAGUGAAGCUAGCUUGGGCUACUAUACAUUCUCUUCUUCAUUCAGAAAGGACGACUUAUCGCCAAAAUGGGUAUAUCUGGUUGGGAGAUCUCCUAAUUGCAGAAAUUAGUGAGGAAAAAGAUCGAAGCAUAUGGCUGAGCAUAAAAGAUCUGCAGCAAAAGAUAGCCAACUGUAGUGUCUCUGAUUCAUUGGUUGCUUCUGAUGUACCUAUUUCGAUACAUCUUCUAUGUGGGCUCUUGAAGUCGAAGAAUAGUGUCAUCAGGUGGGGUUUCCUGUUUAUUCUGGAGAGGCUUCUUAUCCGGUGCAAGUUCUUACUAGAUGAGAAUGAGAUACAACAGUCAGCCAGUGGAGAUACUAGUCAUGAUCAUGAAGACAAACGACUAGAAAAAGCAAACGCAGUUAUAGACACUAUGAGCAGUGCUUUAUCUUUGAUGGCUCAGAUAAACGAAACAGAUCGGAUAAAUAUCUUAAAGAUGUGUGACAUCCUUUUCUCGCAAUUGUGCUUGAAAGUCCCGUCUUCUGAUGAGGACAAAAUCCCCAACCCUGCUGACAAAAACGGCAAAUUCGAUACUUCGCAACGAAACAGCUGUAAAGAUGGUACGGAUGAAACUGAAGCCCGGCCUCAUUAUGUUGCUGUUCCAACUUGUGAGACGGCAUCAAUGGCAGCAAUGCUUCUUCGGGGACAGGCCAUUGUUCCAAUGCAGUUAGUUGCACGUGUUCCAGCGGCUCUGUUUUAUUGGCCUUUGAUUCAACUCGCAGGCGCAGCAACUGACAACAUCUCACUUGGUGUUGCUGUCGGAAGCAAAGGAAGAGGAAAUAUUCCUGGCGCAACCUCUGACAUAAGAGCCACCCUGCUAUUGCUUCUGAUCGGGAAAUGCUCUGCAGAUCCGACCGCUUUUCAAGAAGUGGGCGGAGAGGAAUUUUUUAGGGAACUUCUGGAUGAUACUGACUCAAGAGUAGCUUAUUACUCAUCAGCGUUUCUUCUGAAGAGAAUGAUGACGGAGGCACCUGAGACGUACCAAAACAUGCUUCAGAAGCUUGUGUAUAGGGCUCAGCAGAGCAAUAAUGAGAAACUACUGGAGAACCCUUACCUUCAGAUGUGUGGUAUACUCCAAUUAUCAAAUGAGCUUUGAACUCGGGCGGCUGUAAUUACUUUCGUUUGUGUAUUCACCAGAGGCAAUCACAAUCUCCAAAUUUUGAUGUAUGGCUUCCGAACCUCGGUUUCAGAGAAAACUGUCGAGCUAACUCAAGAUUAUAGUUUUCUUUGCCCUUUUCCGUCCGACCAUCCUUCCCUCAUUCCACGUAAAAAUAAAAAUAGCGAAGGGAAAGACGGAUUCAUAGAUGCUGAACCCUCCAUGGAAAAUUCUCCAAUGCAUCAUUAAACUCAGAUAUGGGUUCGAAUAUAACACGGAAUUCGGUUCUGAAGAUAGCAUAAGAGAGGAAAAAAACGAAAAGGGUUCGACUCGACUAACGAGUGAACGAGGUUUGAAGCUAAAAGGUGUGGUGUGUCGGCGAAACUUUCCUUCUUUGAUGUGUGAAAUAUAGCAGUUAUGGACACAAGGCUGCAGCUCCAGAAAUAUUCUAGGUAACAAUGUUUAAAGACUCUUCUUUUUUCUAGAGUCUAAGAACAAAUUUUGUUCUUCUUCUUGAAGUGACCAGUUCCUGUAGAAAUGAUAAGGGUUUCUUCUUCUUCUGUAGUUGCUGUAUCUUCUUGUUCUUUCUUUUGCAUUUUUCAUGAACCUAAGUACUCAGCUGUCAUCGUUAAUAGGUCUGUCGGUUGAGUUCCGAGCCUGAAACUGGCAUUGUGUUACUGUUUUGUGUACUGAUCCAAUUGUGAAGGACAAUGCUUUUCUCCAUUUAUUUUGUCA